GCUCCCCGCUCAGUCGGCGGGCGGACUCGGCGCGCGUCGGUCGCGUUAUGUGCCUCCAAACAUUAUGACCCGACUUUGAAAAUACGCCGCCGCGCGGAAAAUGACUAAGACCCCAGUGUGUAUUAGCGCAAUACGCAACGCUGGAUGUCCCAAACAAGUGUUGCUAGUGUGUACCGGAUUUUGUUGCUAAAAUUUAUAUUCGCUAAUAUUAUAAUUGUAUUUAGUGGCUCGGAUAUGCAUUAUAAUGGUUUUUAUGUGGUGUUAUAGUGCAAGUCGGUGAGGGCGAGCGCGGAGGCUCGCGGCGGCGCGGCGCGGGCGGAGCGGUGUCGCGCGGCAUGCGGCGCCGCCCGCUGCUGCCGCUGCUGCUGCUGGCGCUUCUGCGCGCGCACGGCCUGCUCGCCGCGUCCGGAGAAGCUGAUUAUACACUGGACGACUCGUUCUGGAACGAAGAGAGCCCAGUCGGCGAGGUGGAGCGGCUGCUGCGCGAGUACCGGCAGAACCAGGAGCUGGUGCGCAACAUCGGCGCGCACUAUUACCAGAUCAUCUACCCGGUGCAGCUGCGCCAUCACGAGAAGAUGGGCAUCUCCACUAGGGAGGUCAACACACAGAAGGGCCGCGGCUACGGCUCCGACUACCAGCAGGGCACGCGCGCGCGCACCAGAACUGGCAAACACUUUCAUCGUACAUCGCUUCUCAUCAAAGCUUUCAACCACAAGUUCAGAUUGGACCUCGAGCUUAACACGCAACUUUUGGCGCCCAACCUGCGCCAGACGCACUUCCUCGCCAACGGGGCCGAGAGUCAAGUGCGGCAGGAGAUCGAGCACUGCUACUACCACGGCACAGUGAAGGACUACCCGGGGGCCUCCGCAGCCUUCCACACGUGCAACGGGGUCUCGGGGGUCAUCCACAUCGGCAACGAGACCUUCGUGAUACACCCCUUCUACGGCGGCGAUCUUUCGAAGCACCCACACGUGAUCUUCGAGGCUCGCACGAAGGCCAACAAGGGGUGUGCCAACAAGCUGCAGUACAACGCCAAGACACGACGCACCAAGCAUGUGUCUUACCUGGAGACGCCGCUCGGCGAUGACCCUGGGACGCUGUCAAAGCCGCGCAAGGUGGACCGAGCGUGGCGCUGGUGGCAGGACAGCGGGCUGCGCGCGCUCAACCGGCGGCGGCGUGACGUCAGAGAGACCACCAAGUACAUCGAGACGGCGCUGGUCAUCGACCGCGCCAUGUUCGAGAAGAGGAACGGGAGUACGAGAGCGGAGGUCGUGCAUGACGCGAUACAAGUCGCUAAUAUUGCCGAUUUGUACUUCCGCACACUCAACACACGUGUGUCACUGGUGUACAUCGAGUCGUGGCAGGGCGCGGACCAGGCGGACAUCGACCGCAAGCAGGACGUCACGCGCGCCAUACUCAAGUUCAACGACUACACGGCAAGGAAGCUCUUCAAGAUAGAGAAGGAUACUACGCAGCUGCUCACCGGGCUGACGUUCCCGGGGGGCGAGUCCGGCAUCUCGGUGCCGGACACGGUGUGCACGCCCAAGGCCGUGGGCAUCUCCGUGGACACCAACACGUACGAGCCGCACCUGCUGGCCGGCACCAUGGCGCACAUGAUCGGACAUAAUAUCGGCAUGGGCCACGACGACGGGCGCGAGCAGUGCUUCUGCCGCGACUGGCACGGCUGCAUCAUGGCGCAGUCCAUCGUGGGGCUCGAGAACGUGCAGCCCUACAAGUUCAGCGACUGCUCCAAGAGCGACUACAUCAACGAACUCAGGAUCGGACGAGGGCUGUGCCUGCUUAAUAAACCUAAUGAGCUGGUGGUGCACCGGCAAUGCGGCAACGGUCGCCUAGACGAAGGCGAGGAGUGCGACUGCGGCACCAUCGACGAGUGCCACAACUCCAACCCGUGCUGCGACCCCAUCACGUGCCGCCUCACCAAGGAGGCGCAGUGCGCGUCCGGAGAGUGCUGCGAGCGCUGCCAGCUGAAGCCGCGCGGCAUAGUCUGCCGGGAAGCGUCAAACGAAUGUGACUUAGAAGAAACGUGCACCGGAGUCUCGGGGUCCUGCCCAGUGGACGCCUACAGGAAGAACGGGGAACCUUGCGAGGAGAACAAAGGAUACUGCUUCUCUGGUCAAUGCCCCACGUUGUCUCUCCAGUGUGAGAGAAUCUGGGGUCCUGGGACCACUGGUGCAGAUAAGGAAUGCUUCGAGCAGUUUAAUUCUAAGGGAGCGGUGACAGGACAUUGUGGGAAGGAUAGUGCUGGGCAUUAUAUCAAGUGUGAAAUGGAGAACGUCCGCUGCGGCUCGCUGCAGUGCCAGCUCGGGAACCGCUACCCCAUCGUGCAGGGCAUGGACGACUACUACACGCGCACCAUCAUCACCAUCAAGGGACAGGAGUACGAGUGCAAGGCCACCACCGGUUUACCUGAGCACUCCGAGAUCGGCCCCCUCGGGCUGGUGUCCGACGGCACCCCCUGCGGAGACAACCUGGUCUGCGUGAACCAGACCUGCACGUCCAUCUUCCCCUUCAUAGACCACACCAAGUGCCCAACCGACCACAACAACAACGAGUGUUCGAGCCGUGGGGUGUGUUCAAACGCCAACAAGUGCGUGUGCACCCGCGGCUGGACGGGCCCGGACUGCUCGCAGCCGGACGCGCUGCCGCCGCCGCCCACCCCCUGGGUGCCGGACAACGCCACCAAGGCGGCAUACAACAUGACCAAGAAGGAAACACCGUAUGAGAACUACCACGGCUCGAACACGGUGUUCCUCGUGGCGGUGCUCAUGUCUGUGGUAGGGGGGGUAUUCAUAGUAUUUGCCCUGAGCGCUCUCUGCUACAGGUCAGUCGUAGUACACAAAAACUUCUCCCUGUGCCUAAGGAAAAAGAGCACGGGGCCGAAGUACGACCCUCCGUAUGUGAAGAAGCCGAUAGCCAAGAGCUUCCCCGCCGGGUCCACCGCCAGCAACAACUCCCAGGAGGACGUGUCCAUGGAGGCCGGCAAGAUGCACUCCUUCAACAACACCUUUAGAAAUCUUUUGAGCCGUGGUGACUCUCAACGUGUCAUUUUCAGACAUGGAAACCACAUGUCGGCAUCUGGCAGCUCUAGUAGAUACCCCGAACACAAGCAAAUGAAACGUGUCCACUCGGGAAGUGAGGAUGAGCCAACGCAUUCUGGCGAAGAAGACAUAGCAUUCAUAGACGUGCCAGGCGGCACGAUAUCCAAGCUGCCAGAGAAGGGCAUCCUCAAGAAGCACGGCUACGGAGCCGUGGAUGGGAAAGACAAGUGGGGUGAUGAGGAACACUCGGAGCACCUGGAGGCAGGCUCGCAGUCUGACGGGCAGGAGCCGCAAGGCGCCGUCGCUGAUAUGGAGUAUAAGUUUAAGGACCUGAACGGCUACCACGAGGGCAUAAUCGAGGCGCUGAAGACAGCGGCGGCACAGCGAGCCAGCGUCGGCGGCUCGGCCUGUGGCUCCGGGGACCUGCGAGCUCUGCAGGAGUACGAGUACAAGCGGGAGAGGGCGCCCAGCGCAGAGAAGAUACAUGAGAUUGAGCUUAGGAGACAGAGGGGCGAAGAAGAAGAAGAAUGCGGUCCGAUCCGGAUCCGGAACCUGGAGGACCUGAUCCGGCAGCUGGAGCACCACUCGAGCCGGCACAUGAGUCCGUCCGGCUCGCAGGACAUCCGCCAGGACGAGCCGGAGCCCAGCAGACACUACCGGAUCGAGGCGGCAGAGGCGCAGCCACCUUGCCGGCGCAACCGCCUGCCCCCCGCGGAGGAGGAGCCCCGCUUCCCCUACCCGCGCUUCCGCAGCGGCAGCGCGCGCCACCACGCGCUCCCGUUCCCCGCGCACGCGCACCCCCGCGCGCCGCCCGACGACGACGCGCUGUAUGAGACAGCUGAUGCUGAUAGGCUGAGAGACGCUCCGGAUAGCGAGAGUUCAGAGGCAAAUGCUCAAUAUUCAAGUUCGACUUCGUCGACAGUCCACAAUAACAUAUUGCCCUAGUGGCGGCGAGCGAGCGACCCCACCGCCGGACAACCGAACACCAGACCCCACCCAUGAAUGCCCUUUAACACUGGUCUCAUUGCAGAAACUACACUAACUAACUGCCAACUCCACGCGAGUUCUAAGGUCCGACACUGAUACACAAACGUGGCCUUAGACAGGUCGUAGUGAGACCACAGAGUCCAGAGCUGCAUAAAGCCUCAUUUCGAACUGGCCGGUUGUAAAAGUAAAAAGGAAAAAUAGUGGGUUCGGUGGGACCUCGGAGCUCGCGCCCGGCACCGCGUCAUUCAAGUGCUGGUUGUUUCAAAGCUCGACGACAGUGAGCCCGGUGUGCGAGUGAGGCGGUGUCGGGCCGGAGCUAAGGCCGCGCGCUCCGCAGCCCCGCGCCGCCGCCGCCUGCCUGCGCCGCGGCCGCGUCGCCACCCGCAUCCUUCCCCGAGUACAAACACUGAGGCGCUGCCACUGCCGCGCCACGCAGCUCUAGCCACGGGACUACCAGCGCAACCCCUCCAGCUCAACAAUAGAACAUCCUCAUCACCUGUGGCCAUGGACACGGCUACUACAUUGCGGUCUUCAAACACGUUUCGUUAUAUCACACCAGCCGUCAACCAGUCGGGGAUCAGUGCUCGGGCUUCUGUCGAGGACGAUUUUAAAGUUUAGCGUAGAGACUCUGACCGCACGCGCAGGUCACAACACAUUCUAAAGUUCUUUAAGUGUUAUUAUGUAAGAGUGGCGCUCUGCGCAUUUUAAAGUGUAUAGUUACUACGAAAAGUGAUUAGAGAGGUGUGCAACGUGGAGAAAUCGCUUUGUAGACAAAAUAAUGGAACAGUGAAUUAUAUACCCAAUCGCUACCAGGGUGACAACACGUUGGUUUCAUAAUUAUUAGGAUUUGAAUUAUUCAUUCUACAGAACGCUUUAUAUAAUAAUCAAUAAAUCUUUCAAAACUAGCCUUUCCUCCAUUUUACACACCAUCUCACCUUAAACGUAGUCUGCAAACUCUUAAGUUUGUAUGAUAAACGUAUAGAUGAUAAAUGAUAGAUACCUAAGUCGUUACUAGAAACAGAUACCGAAUCGUCUAGAUAGCGAUGGCUUGCUCAACCCAGUACCGACGGACGAAGCGCCGCGAACGCACGUAGUGUCAUGUAUAGGUACCACUUCUGAUUGCACAGUUAGGAUAAUCACAUUAACAGAUAGGUAACUGUUAGAAAUGAUCACAAUAAAUCUCACUUGUGUUGUAGAAUGAUAGUGGUUUGAUAGUGGGCCCGUCGCGAGCGCGGGUAUAUGUACGUCACAUGUGUGUACGUGACGGGUGUACGUCACAGAUGUGUACGUCAUGUAUGUACGAUGUACGUCACUCUGUGACGACUCCUAGCUCGAGCGGUGUGGCCCCUCGACGAUGUAUACUUGGAGCCGCACCUAGAUAUAUUGUUAGCUCAUCAGUGAAUUGUAAAUAUUAAUGAAGUGUAAAGUACUAAUCGCACUUUACAUAAACAAUUAUGACUGAUUUUUCAAUAUUAGUAUUGAAAAUGUAGCGUUAACUGUUGAGUGUAAGUUUCACAUGGGAACGUUGACCGCCGCGCCGCUGGGGCGCGAUAUUUGUUACGUUGAAAUGUUUAAUUAUAUUUAUUCAAUUUAAAUCGAAUACGCUUUAUACUAUAUAUCUGUUUAUGAGCCGAUUGCGCGCCAGCGGCGCCGCAAAGUGUAUGUCUAAAAUAACUGUAAGUUAAACUUAUCGUCUAGUGAGCUAUAACAUAGCUGAGGCUAUAACGUAUAGCAGAGGCUAUAUAACAUGUAGCAGAGGCUAUCAUAUACAUAGUGGAAGAGAGUGUUGUACGGUGCGAGGUCUGUUUCGUCGAGCUCCUUUUCAUUUCGCUUUCCAACUUCCGACUCACAGGCUCAAGUAGCUUAUACUUAUUAGAUAGGUGAUAACAAAUUGAGCUGACAUGAUGAAGCAAAGCUUUAAUGGACUUUUUGUUUUUGUCGAUCCGUGAGCUCGGCGACUGCGCUAAAAUGGGGAAUGUAAUGUUAUGUGCUUUUAAUUUUUGACUAAAUCAAUGGAAGUGGCGAGAAGGAUAGAUACUUUAUUUGCAAAGACUGUGGAAUAUGCAUAUUUAAUGAUACUGGACAUCUCAGCGAACCGUCCCCGGAGAGCAGAGCGCGCUGCACCGCGGCUCCAGGUGUGGGCACCCCCAGAUAUGGGGCGCAGAUAGUUGGCGCCCCCAGCCCUUCCCCGCGGGCACUGACCCCCCUCGCCCCUCCCCCGGUGCAGCUGCGACUCUAACUCUAACUUCAGAACACCAAAUAAAUCACUUAUUUACAUACAUAAGGAAUUCUUUACCUAAUAAAUUUUAAAAUAUUCACAACAUCAUUUUACCAAAAUUUCUCAAAGAUCUCGACUCACCGUGCACCAAUAAUUUCUUAAAAUUAGUAUUUGAUAGUUAACAACAUAAACUCAUAUUCUAAAUAAAGUAAGGAAAAACCUAUAAAGUGAAUUAAGCGUUAUUUCAAUUUUAUCAGAAUAUAAUUAUAUUAUUAUUAUUACAUUAAAACGAAUUUACACCGUUUAACAAGAUGUAUAAUAAAGAUGAUGUUAUAGUUUCGUCGUUUACUUUAUUAUGACAAUUUAGAAGGUUAUAAUUUGGACAGCGGUAUCGCUAGGCUAGGUGGCUCGCCACACACGUAACUAGUAGAUAAAUUACUAAUACUCUUAUAUAACCAACUCUUUACCACUCUUAAAGAGUUUUAAGUCGCUGCCAUCGCGACCUAUUUCACGUUAGCAUAUAUAUAGAUACCUAAUCGUUAAAUUUAAGUAAAUCUAAUUAGAUUAUUACAAUCUCGUACAGGGUAGAUGUUAUUUCAAUACUCUGUAGCUGGGUGCGACGGUGGCGAGAGGGUGGCGUGAAGUGAUCGUGUCAUUCUAACCAAGUUAAAAAAUCUCCAUGGUUUUAAAUUCUUAUCUUAUUUGCUCAGCUCUCCAGCCUGAGUUCUAAAACUUCAACACGUGUGGUCACCCUACACCCUCACUCACUCGCGCGCCAUGCCGCUUUGUUAUCACGCGCAAACAAUACCUAAAUGUCCAAUGCUGUAAAGGUUUCGUCAACUUGCAGUAAGUACCUUAAAUUGUUGAAUGUGUUUUUGUUUAUCAUAAAGUCGCGAAAGUCGUACCCAGCAGGCGUCGCGAGCGCUCGUUCUUCCACAAACCACGCCCCGGGCCCAAUGGGGUCGCUGUAGGUUUGUAGGCCUAAAAAGUCAAUUGUGAACAGCGCCGAACAUCAAUAUUAUUGCUCAGGGUGGUUCUACACUGCGCCCAUAUUCACAGAAACGCUCAAAAGUGAGACUAUAAGCAGCCAGUUGAUAAUUAUGUACUCGUAUGUACUCUACUCCAUCCAGCACUUUAGCAAUGAGACGAAGUGUCGAGGAGUUGAAAUAACUGCCAAAAUUAUAGCAUAUUUAGCGUAACCGUGUAGCUCUAAGAUUUUAACACCAACUUUUAACUUGGCUGCACAGUCUCUGUCUCUAAAGUAUAUAAACUGUGAAUAUUGACGCAGUUGCAUGCAAUUGAAAAUAACUAUUCAUAGGAAUCUAUGAUAUUCGAUAAGUGAGAUAUUUAAUAAGACACUUUCAACUUAGAUUGUUAGUAAGUAAAUAAGAACCUGUACUUCUGAUCUUCAAGACACUAUGUAAAGUGAUUUUCAAUUGCAGUUAGCAAUUUCAUACCUACCGACUUACGUAUUUAGGAAUGUUAAUAUUAAGUGAUAUUAUGUAAAAUAAAAAUACGAAUUUUAAACGAAGAACGUUGAGACGUCAUAACUUUCAGUUUGGUUUUGUCCUUGUAAAUAUGUUUGCUAUAUGAUUUCAUAAAUGAAUGUAACAUAUUAAAGAAAAAUAGA